UAUAUACUGAAUGCUAAUUAUUUAAUGAAGGAAGGAAAUUACUUAUAAGAAACACCUAUAAUUUAGAGAUGAAAUUAACAAAAAGAUGUAAUUCUAAGAAAGAGUGUGGGAUUUGUGAUUGAGAAUAUUUUGAGUGAGGAUGUUGGAUUUGGGAAGAAUUAGGGAGAAUGGGUAAAAAUUUCUAAAAUAAAAUAGCAUGGGAAUUUAAAAUUGUGUAUGAACAUCAAUAUUUGGUAUAAUAAAUAAUGAUUUUGAAUUUUACUGAGGUUAAAAUGGGAGAGCAGGAGCAUGAAGGGAGACUUAUUUCAAGAAGUAAUAAUCAAUAGACUGGAUUGGUAGAGAUACUAUAUGGGGAUAGUGUAUUGAUGAGUGUUGGAUUAUUUAAUGAUUAAUAAAAUUUUUGUCGGAUUUAAUUGUAUAAAUAUAUCGAUAAGCUUUCUAUAGUGAGAAUGAUGUUCAAAUUAGGGGGGUUAAGUAAUAUUGACUUUAUUAAUGAGAAAAUCUUGUUUGUUUCGCACUAUAUAUUCUCGAUUAAAUGAUUCAAGUUAACUAAAUUUUAAACAAAAAUAAAGCAUGCAAUCCAAUUCCUUUUCAUACAGUACUUGCCCUUACUAAUUUCAAUCAAGUAUCGCAAUUACAACCACUAGAUAGAUUUCAUAAUGAAUCCACAAAUGUAUUACUCUAACUACAACCCUUACUACUCUUAAGUCUAACCCUAUAUGGUAAUGACAUAAUGUAAUUUAUGUUUAGGCACCUUAACCGUAUCUAAUGAAUGAAUCUUACCAUCCAAACUAUUAUUAGCAAUCAAAUUGUAUCAAUUGGAGUACAGAACAAACAGAGAUGAAAUUGCCAAAAUUUACAAUCACUCCUUACAUCAAAUAGGAAGACAAUCUCAUUAAAUAAAUUGAUAUCCAUCCUUAAAAUCUCUCUGAGAAGAAGAAUCAAGAGGAUAAUUCAGAUAAACUCUUAUAGAAAGUAGAGACAGUGCGACAGGUUAAAAAAUCCAAUAGUUAGAUUAUCCAAAACCGAAGAGGUUAUUUCAUAUUCUAAUUUUAGGACAUUGGACAAAUGAAGAGCAUUACAAAUAUUUAAAAUUUGUUCGAUAACAUAAAGAAUUGUUCCAAACAAGUGUCUAAAAAAAAUUAAACAGAGUCUUCAAAAUGAUGUCAAUCGAAAUACCAACCAGAACUGCUUGUUAGUGUCGAUCUCAUUAUUCGAAAUUCAACCCAUUAGAUCACAUUGUAAAAAUUCUUUAAUUAUAUUUAGGGGAAAGUAAGACGAAAAUUGGUAAAUGAUGAAUCUGUUUAUGAGCGCAUGUUCAACAAUACUUCUUAAAAUGACUGAGAUUGUUUCAUUCAUAUAUUAUGUCGAUAUUAUUAAAAUUCAGUC